CAGAACAAAAUGUUUUUGCAUAAAAAAAUUAAAAAUAUUUAUUAUAAUUGUUACAAGUGAAUUAAAUAAUUAACAGUGUGUUAAGUUAAGUGGUAUACAAAGUUCUUUUCAUUCAUAAAAGUUUUUGUGAGUUUUCAAAUAUGAUGAGAACGAACUUUACGCUUUUGACUACCGCCGCUGGUAGAAAAAUAACAAAAAAUGCUUUAGAUCAGCUGUUAGUGCGUCGGAUAACAAAUAGUUUGCCAUGCGCUCAACAUGUUAUGGUUGAUUACUUCGAAGGAAAAGAGGAACCACGCACCGAUGCUGAUUGGUUGAAUGCCAAGGAUUACAAGGAAAUUCCUGGACCCAGUAAUUUUGAAUUAAUAAGAGGUUAUUUUCCAGGAGGAGCAUUAUACAAAACGACUAUCAAAGAAAUGGAAGUACAUUUUCGUAAAAAAUAUGGCGAUAUUAUUCGAUUUAACGGCACUGUGGGCAAAACAGAUAUACUGUUCACCUUUAACCCAGCUGAUUUCGAAACAGUCUUUCGCAAUGAAACCAUUUGGCCAGUACGUGUGGGUUUUCAGAGUUUGGCCUAUUAUCGGCUGGAAAAGCGUCCGCAUAUUUUUCACGGUAUUGACGGUUUGCUUACUUCGCAAGGACGUGCUUGGGGCUAUAUGCGUAAUAAAGUUAAUCCGGUGAUGAUGAAAGUGCAAAAUAUUAGGCCAAACUUGCCAGCAGUCGAUGGUAUUGCUCAGGAGUUCAUAGAGCGACUCGAUGCAAUACUAGAUCCUCACACUGGCAGAUUAUCGACUGAUUUCAGCGAAGAGGCUAAAAUGUGGGCUUUCGAAACUGUAGCACUUGUGGCGCUCAAUACCCGCCUGGGGCUGAUGCCGCGCGAAAAAUCCAAUGCUAUGGCGUUAAGGCUAUCCGAGAGCAUAGCUGAAUUUUUUAGUCUAUGCUAUUACUAUGAGGUGAUCCCACCCUUUUGGAGAUAUUUCGAAACAGCAGGAUUUAAGAAGCUCAUAAAAGCUUACGAUUCAAUUACUGAAAUCACAACACAUUACAUUGAAAAAGCAAUGGAGCAGUUCGAUCAAAGCGCCGAAGGGAAGAGCGUGCUGGAGAAGUUGUAUCGCAUAGAUAAGAAUGUUGCGGUGGUUAUGGCCAUGGAUAUGUUGAUGGCUGGCAUGGAUACGACUUCCUCUGCAUUGAUUUCCACGCUAUACUUCCUCAGCAUAAACCCGGAAAAGCAAGAAGAAUUACGCAAGGAAUUAAUAGCGCUGCUGCCCGAACCAAAUAUGCCCUUAACUGAGGAGAACACCAAAAAUAUGCCCUAUUUACGUGGCUGCAUUAAGGAGACGCUACGCUUUAGACCGAUUGCCAAUGGAAACUUCCGUAUCGCCGGCCGUGAUCUCGUGCUCUCCGGUUAUAGGGUACCCAAAGGUGUUGGUGUGUAUAUGGCAACCAUGACACUCUCAAACAGCGAUGAAUACUUCGAACGUAGUGCUGAAUUUUUGCCAGAACGUUGGAUCAAAUCGGCGAAAGCCACUUGCCCAGUCUCCCAAAAGCACAAUCCAUUCGUUUACUUGCCAUUUGGUUUUGGGCCACGCACUUGUAUUGGCAAACGUCUGGCGGAGAUGGAAUUGGAAACGAUUUUGGUGCGAAUAUUACGUAGUUAUCGUGUCAGUUGGGUGGGUGAGAAACCAUUGGAAUAUAUUAACAACUUGAUUUUGCAACCGGCUGGGGAAAUGAGCUUUAAAUUUGAAAAAUUGUAAUGUGAAAAUGUUUAGUAAUAUAUGAAAAUCUCGCCUCAUGGGAGUAUAUGUAAACAUUAUAUGUAUGUACAUACCAUAUGUUGUAAUUAAUUAUAUUUGUUGCUUAGUUUCUUUUUUAAUUGUAAUACAUAAACUUGAAAUGUAUUAACAAUUGACGUUUG